AUGCCUCCAUCACCAACAGACAAGGGCCUCAAUGUCAUUGCCCUGAUAUCCGGCGGCAAAGACUCUUUAUACUCCAUCCUGCACUGCAUCCGAAACGGGCAUCGAGUGGUUGCAUUGGCCAAUCUGCAUCCGCCUGUCAACCAUCAAGAUGGCACAGAAGAAGAUAUGGAUAGCUUCAUGUACCAGACCAUAGGCCACAAUGUCAUUCCUCUUUAUGAAUCUGCCCUAGGCGUUCCUUUAUACAGAGCAUCAAUCACGGGCGGCGCUGUGGACACAUCGCGGAUAUACCGUGAUGAAAACACAACGACUGAUGAUCACGACGAAAGAAGUGAAAACCAGGACGAGACUGAAUCCUUAGUCCCACUGCUCAACCGCAUCAAACGCGAUAUCCCGCAUGCUGACGCGAUUUCGGCCGGUGCCAUCUUAUCGACUUACCAGCGCACUCGCAUUGAGAAUGUGGCUGGUCGCUUGGGUCUGGUGCCGCUUGCAUUUUUAUGGAUGUAUCCCUAUCUACCGACUACUAGUAAUAACAAUGGUGGUCUUCUUGAUGAUAUGGCGGCCGCCGGCUGCGAUUCGAGGAUCAUCAAAGUGGCCUCAGGUGGUCUUGAUGCCGACAUCCUAUGGGAAAACGUCGCGUCAUCUAAUGGCUCUGUCCAAAGACGCAUCGAGAAAGCCAUGAAACGCUUUGUUGAUGCCGAGGACCUGAAAGGAGCUGUUUUGGGAGAAGGAGGGGAAUACGAAACUCUGGCGCUGGAUGGGCCUCGGUUUCUGUGGAAGCAGCGUAUUGUGAUUGAAGAAGCUGAUAGACAGGUUCAUGCUGCAGGCAGCGGGGUCAAUUUUGUGAGGGUUUUGAAAGCUAGAUGUGUUCCUAAAGAGGACGAUGAUGAAGAUCAAAAGGCGCUGAUGCCUCAGGAUAUUCGCAGACCAAGCCGGCUUGACGAGAGGUUUCGCCGAGCCUUGGAUCGAUUGCAAGAGCAGCAAGAGCAAGUCUAUCAUCGUGCCACUUCGGUUGGAAACAAGAGUUCUAGUAGUGGGGUCGGUAUAGAUAUCUGCGAGACGAGUAUCGGAGGUCUAUACACCAUUUCAAACGUCACUGCCCCCGAAGCCGGUCCAACAGCCGAUGCACAGAUGCGCGGAAUUUCAGAAAAGCUGCAAGCACUGCUUCAGAAUUCGGUUUUAUUGAGCAACGAGACUGCUCCUAGAAGGAAAACUACGAGUGAUAUUGUCUUUGCUACUGUUCUACUCCGAUCUAUGCAAGAUUUUGGUCCUAUGAAUGCGAUAUAUGUUUCGCUAUUCACAAAACCUAAUCCGCCUGCCAGGGUUACGGUAGCUUGUGGUGAUUGCCUGCCUGAUGGCGUUCAGGUCAUGAUUUCAGUUGUCGUUGAUCUUGGGGAGCGCAGCUGUAGACAAGGUCUUCAUGUCCAAUCACGCUCCUACUGGGCACCGGCAAACAUCGGGCCCUAUUCACAAGCAAUCACGGUGCCGUACAGUAUCAAUCGAAAGGGAGAAUCGAUGACAGAACUGGGUGAUGCUGGUGAUGGUGGCCUAGUUUACAUUGCCGGACAGAUUCCGCUCGAUCCACCAUCAAUGGAACUUCCUGGAGGGAUUGACAAAACGGAAGUAAAUUGGUUUCAAAACUUCAGCUUACACGCGACACUAUCAUUACAGCAUUUGUGGAGAAUUGGACUCGCGAUGCAGGUUGAUUGGUGGUUGGGAGCCAUUGUGUUCCUGGCCAGGGACGCCCAACGCGGACACCAGAAAGCACGGAUAGCGCAUCGAUUGUGGCAAGCAUUGCAUGAGCGAGAUCAAGUUAAAGAGGACGACGACGAAGCUGACUCCGUCAUAGACGUUUGGGAUAUCAAGCAUGGCCUCCAAGAGGACCCUAGGCUGGCGCAGGGUGGACGACCGUUGCCGAACUUCGAGAUGCUGGUGGCUGGUAGCAGUGAUAAUAAUAAUAAUAACAACAACAACAACAGCAGCAGCAGCAGCAGCAGCAGCAACAACACUCUUCCUCCGCCCUGGUUCGCGGUGGAAGUCGAAGAGCUUCCGCGAAAUAGUGACAUUGAGUGGCAAGCACUGGGUGCGACUGGCAUGGCUGUUGGUGCCCCGGUGUUUGUGCCCUGCACGGACCGCGAGACUAAGAUAUGGCGCACCCAACUAAACGGCGCUUUGUUUUAUACGAUUGAGAUGGCGACGGGGACAGUAUCUUUAGAGGAUCGAGUCGACACGGUAGUGUCUGACCUCGUUAGUAGCUCUGAGACCCAGCACCGCACGAUCUAUACAUCCUGCAGGCUGUCCAUGGCGCAUUGGAAGGGCCAAGUUGUGCCCUGUCACACUGUCUGGGGAAGCGAAGGGGACAUCAUAGCUGCUGCAGUCACCGUGCAGGUCAGUGCUCAAACCUAG